AUGAGAAUGCUGGGUAGAAAUGACUCCUCAGUGAGUGAAUUUAUCCUGGCUGGGUUAACAGAUAGUCCAGAGCUCCAGAAACCUCUCUUUUACUUGUUCCUAAUGAUCUACAUUGUCACCAUGGUGGGCAAUCUUGGCUUGAUCAUUGUUAUUGGGCUAAAUUCUCACCUUCACACCCCCAUGUACUAUUUCCUCUUCAAUCUGUCCUUCAUUGAUCUCUGCUAUUGUUCUGUUUUCACCCCCAAAAUGUUGAUGAACUUUGUAUCGAAGAAGAAUAUCAUCUCCUACAUUGGAUGCAUGACCCAAUUGUUUUUUUUUCUCUUUUUUGUCAUUUCUGAAUGCUAUCUGUUGACCUCGAUGGCCUAUGAUCGCUAUGUGGCCAUUUGCAACCCUUUGCUAUAUAAGGUCACCAUGUCCCAUCAGGUCUGUUCUGUGCUGACACUUGCUGCAUAUACAAUGGGAUUUGCUGGAGCCACUGCCCACACAGUCUGCAUGCUUAGACUAACCUUCUGCAAUGCUAAUAUUAUCAACCAUUACUUGUGUGACAUCCUCCCUCUCCUCCAACUAUCUUGUACCAGCACCUAUGUCAACGAGGUAGUAGUUCUCAUUGUGGUGGGUAUCAACAUUACAGUUCCCAGUUUUACCAUCCUAAUUUCUUAUAUUUUCAUCCUCAUUAGUAUUCUUCAUAUCAAGUCCACUCAAGGAAGAUCAAAAGCCUUCAGCACCUGUAGCUCUCACAUCAUUGCUAUUUCUCUUUUUUUUGGGUCAGCUGUAUUUAUGUAUCUUAAGUAUUCUGUGAAAUCUAUGGAUCAGGGGAAAGUUUCGUCUACUUUCUAUACUAAUGUGGGACCCAUGCUUAACCCUGUGAUCUACAGUUUGAGGAACCAGGAUGUCAAAGUAGCUCUAAGGAAAGUCUUAGUUAAAAUCCAUAGGAGAAACAUAUUUUAA